UAAACUGACACCGUUCCUUCGGUGUCUCGUCAAAAUGAUAUAAAAACCCAGCAUGUAUACGCGAAUUGAUCAUGAUUCUACGUCUGGUAAAUGCCAAAGGUGUUUUUGUUUUUUUUUUUUAAUUUGCUUCGCUAUUGAUGAUUUAUUUGAGAGGAGGAGGAAUACAUUGUACUCGGCCCAAGUCUUUCCCACGAGAGUGUUGUUUCCAUGACAAAUUCUUUUACUAAAGACAAAUAUGAAAUGCAAGCCUAUAAUCAGCUGUUUUUUGUAGUGACCUUACGCAAAAAUACAACAAGCGAAAAGUAGUUCUUGAACUCGUUCAAAACAGACAGAUGUCAAAUGGGAUAGUUUUUCAUUCGUUCCAAUUUGUUGCUCGUUACUGUUUCUUAAUACACUUUCGACGCUUUCGAGUUUGCGAAUUGAAUUCUAUAAAAAGGUAGCCAUAUUUUUUCUCGCAAGUGUGCAAAAUUUUUUAUUGGUAAAUAAUUAUGUACGAAAAUAGUUAUUUUCCAUAUGAAUAGUGUGAUUGCGAAUUCAUUUUUCUUUCUUUUUUUUCUAUUUUUGUUUUCAUUUUUAGAUAAUAGCCGCAGCCAUGCCACUAGCGCCUGCUAUUUUUUGCCCUAAAUGUGCCAAAAAUUUUGCAAAGGACGAUGAGGUGCGCAGCACACGCUGUGGCCAUGUAUUCCAUUCUGAUUGUGUUCGGGACUUGCGUACUAGAUCUACAAAAUGUCCAAUAUGCCAAAUCGAUUGUCAAAAUAUCCAGAUAUUGUUCCUCGAAUUUGAUGAUAACGAAACCGAUGUGAUAAAGGAACUGCAAACUAAAAUAAAAACUAGCAAAGAUAAUUUUGUGAGUUUACAAGAACAGUACACAAUUGCCAAGAGCGAAAUCGAUCAAUUAAAUGAUAAGAUUUCCGCAAAUCGCAAUUACAAAAAAAAUCUCUUAUCUUUACAAAAUCAGUAUGAGGAAGCCGUGAAAAUUAAUAAAGAAUCUAAUCAGGAAAACAAACGUUUAUUUGAACGAGCCGAGGCAAAACAAAACGAAAUCUCUUCACUUAAGAAUAUUAUAAAGGGCGUAGGAGCGGCAGCAACAUGCCCCGAUUUAUCAAUGAAACAUAAAGCAAAGACAUUGGAAAGAAAACUAGAGCUUAUAACUAACGAAUUGCUUAAGGAAAUUUCAAAUUCGACCCAACUAUCGAUUGAUAAUAUGAAGCUUCAAUGUUUGAUCGAUCAAUGCGGCGCUACAAAAGUAGAGCAAUCUAAAAAACCGAUUGAUAAUGCUGCAAAACAAAAGGAAAAGCAAAAGGAAAAUGUAAUUAAAAAUCCUAAAGAAAAAUUAAUCAGUAAAUAUUUGCGCAGCGCUUUAAUAAGGUAUUUUCCUUCGAAAUACGUACGCCAUCCAUUGAAGUAUGUUGUCCUGGGUUUGGCUUCAGCCAUGAAAUUCGAAUUAUCUGCUGAUGAUAUAUCUUUUGUGCGUCUAUACGAAAACCAUGAUGUAAACCAACGUUUGCCAAAAAAAGUUACUUUACAAGUGCAAUUUAAAAACGAAAAUAUCAAAAACAUUUUUCUUCAGAAUAAAUCCACGCUCGUAAAUCAUCCCAAGUACGGUUCGAUAUUUAUCAGUGAAUAUAUAGAUGAUGAUACCAAUUCGCUGUUGAAUUACGCCAAAGAAAAAUUGGAAGGUUGGGGUUCCUUCAAAAUUUGUUAUUACAAAAGUAAAGUAAUAAUCACGGCUGGCGAUAAGGGGUCUCCGCACAUGUGUUUAGAAAAUAAAGCGCAAGUUGACGAGUUGCUCCGCUCGAAGACCGAACGUGUAGAAAAUUUUAAAAGCUCGACUAAUAUGCUCCGACGCUAAAAAAUUAAGAGCUACGAGGCGGAGGAUAAAGAACACUCCAACAAGAAAACAACCGAUCAAGACGAGAAUUUUUAUGCACAUUUUUAGCAGUUUUUUCAUUCGUUUAAA